UGAGAGAAAGAGAUUUAAGGCAAGAAGUUCAACAAUUACAAAAUAAUGAUGAAGCAAAUAAUAUAUUAUUGUGGGAUUUUCGUGUUGAAUGUGUACGAUUGAGAAAUUGUUUACAUGAGGCUGAAGAAAGAAUAAGGUUAUUUGUGAGUGAAGGUAAGGAGUGA